GAGAGGAAGCAGAAGCAAUGAAGGCUGAGUUGCAGGUAUAUAAGGCGUGGGCUGGACGGGACUGGCAGACACUUGGGCUGAAGGCAGUGAGCAAACAACAGCACCAACCAUGAAGUUCUACGUGUGUGCGGCUGUGGGCCUCCUGGCAGUGGCGGCGCUGGUGCACGCCGACCCUGAGCCCGAGGCCCUUGCUGAGGCUGACCCUGAAGCCUCCCGCCCCUACUACCACCACCACGGCUACCCCAAGCACUACUACGGCCACCCUCACUACCACCACGGCUACUACCACCACCACCACCACAAGCGGUCUGCUGAACCCGAGCCUGCGGCUGAUGCUGACGCGUCCAGAUACAGCUACCACCACCACGGCUACUACGGCCACCCUCACUACUACCGCCACCCCUACCAUCCCCACAAGCGGUCUGCUGAGCCAGAGGCUGCAGCCGAUGCUGACGCGUCCAAAUACAGCUACCACCACCACGCCUACUACGGCCACCCUCACUACUACCGCCACCCCCUACCAUCCCCACAAGCGGUCUGCUGACCCAGAGCCCACCCGCCACUACUAUGGCUACCCUGGCUACUACUACUACGGUUACCCCCGCAGCUACUACCAUUAGAGGCGCACCUUUCCACUACACUCAGCAGCCGCCCUCUCGCUCACGGCGGCAGGGGCGUGUCUCUUGACAAC